AAAAAAACCCUAAUAAACGUUAGAAGCGAAGAGAAGAAGAAAGCGGAGAGAGAGAGAGAGAGAGUACGCUGCUGCUUCUCUCAUUGUCGUCGUUGUUAAUUUUCAGUGUCGCCAUGGGAGCGAAAGGCAAAGCCAAGAAAUUGAAGAAUGAAACUGUUCACGAAGAAGAAGAAGAAGACAAUAUGACCGAUAAGAUGUCGGACUCUCAGGAAAAAGCAAGCGAGCACAAGCUGCAAUUACAGAGACUUAAAGAAAAGGACCCUGAUUUCUUCCAGUUUCUGAAAGAGCAUGACAAGGAGCUUCUAGAAUUCAAUGAUGAGGACAUUGAUGAAGAUAUUGAAACAGAGAUGGAUGAGGAAAUGCAAGAAGAUGAAGAAACUGAGGCUCAUGAUAUAAAACAUCUGGCUAGAACUGCAGAUAAGGAAGCAAAGUCUUCCAAAAAUGUUAUAACUAGUGCAAUGGUUGAUUCUUGGUGUGAUGCAAUCCGAAAAAAUUCAAACUUAGGGGCAGUUCGUUCUCUUAUGAGAGCUUUCCGUACUGCUUGCCAUUAUGGUGACGAUGGUGAGGAUGAGGCAAAGUUUAGUAUCAUGUCUAGCAGUGUGUUCAAUAAAAUAAUGUUAUUUGUUUUAAGUGAAAUGGAUGGAAUUCUUCGAGCAUUGUUAAAACUCCCACCUUCUGGAGGAAAGAAGGAAACAAUUACAGAUCUGAUGAGCACAAGACAAUGGAAGAACUACAGCCACUUGGUGAAAUCAUACCUUGGAAAUGCUCUACAUGUCUUGAACCAAAUGACUGACACAGAAAUGAUAUCUUUCACAUUAAGACGUCUGAGAUAUUCAUCAAUACUUUUGGCUACUUUCCCCAGUCUCUUGAGGAGGUAUAUUAAGGUUCUUCUUCACUUCUGGGGUAUUGGGGGAGGUGCACUGCCAGUUGUCUCCUUUCUAUUUAUAAGAGAUUUAUGCAUCCGACUUGGUUCUGAUUGUUUAGAUGAAUGCUUUAAAGGGAUAUACAAAGCCUAUGUCUUGAGUUGCCAAUUUGUGAAUGCAUCAAAAUUACAGCACAUUCAGUUUCUUGGGAAUUGUGUCACUGAAGUUCUGGGGGUGGACCUUCCUACUGCAUAUCAACAUGCUUUUGUUUUUAUAAGGCAAUUGGCAAUGAUUUUGCAGGAGGCACUUACGAUGAAAACUAAGGAAGCAUUCCGAAAGGUUUAUGAAUGGAAGUAUAUGAAUUGCCUUGAGCUCUGGACUGGAGCUAUCUGUGCCUAUGGUUCAGAAGCUGAUUUUAGGCCACUUGCUUAUCCACUAGCACAAAUAAUUUCUGGGGUAGCCCGUUUAGUUCCAACUGCUCGAUAUUUUCCCCUCAGAUUGCGUUGUGUCAGGAUGCUCAACCGAAUAGCUGCUUCCACUGGAACAUUUAUACCUGUUUCUUUGGUCCUUUUAGACAUGCUAGAGAUGAAAGAAUUGAAUAGACCCCCUACUGGAGGUGUUGGCAAAGCUGUUGAUCUACGUACCAUAUUGAAGGUAAGCAAACCAACCCUAAAGACGAGAGCAUUUCAAGAGGCAUGUGUUUUUUCUGUGGUUGAAGAGCUUGCUGAACAUUUAGCCCAGUGGAGUUAUUCUAUUGCUUUCUUUGAGUUGUCUUUUAUUCCUCGAAGAAAGAGACUGCGAAACUUCUGCAAAUCUACAAAAGUUGAGAGGUUCCGUCGAGAAAUGAAGCAGCUCAUUCGUCAGAUUGAGGCAAAUGCUGAGUUUACAAAUCAAAAACGUAUUUCAAUUUCAUUUUUACCAAAUGAUCCUGCAGCAGCAUCUUUUCUUCAGGAUGAGAAAAAGUCUGGUGCAAGCCCUUUGUCGCAGCAUGUUGCUACUUUACGCCAAAGAGCACAGCAAAGAAAUGACUCGUUGAUGGAAUCCAGUGUUCUUGUGGGUGAUCACUCAUCUGCCUUUGGAAGUAAGAUGUCAGAAAAUGAUGAAGAUGAUGAUAAUGGUAUUAGGAAUGAAGAAGGCACUGCUGUCUUUAAUUCCUUGUGGUUACCUGGAAGUGAUUCCAAGACUAAGCAUCCUGAAAAGAAGGAAAAGAAGAAAAAGAAGAGACGAAAGGAGGCACGGGAAGAGGCAGCUUUGGAUGAAGAUGUUGUGGAGGACUUGAUCCUCAGUUCAGAUGAUGAAGAAUAUGAAGAAGAUGAUGAAGACAUGUCCUUGCCUGGGGUAGAUGGCAAGGCUGAGCUGGCGUCUCCAAAACGGCAGGGCAAGAAACGGAAACCAUCUGCAGAGUCGUCAAAAAAGAAAGGUCAAUUUUAUGGCAAAAAGUCAAAGAAGAGGAAGAAAGCAAAUUGAGAAUGCCUGUGGUGGUGAUUAUUUAGUUUAUUUGUUUCCCAUUGAUGUUAUAUUGGUCUUUUUCCAGGAGAUUUUGCAUAGUAGUUGGUUAUGAUUUGUUUACCCAUCUGCCAAUGUUGCCAGGCUUUUUGUAGUUGCCUUAGGUUUUCAAAAAGGGCCAUUUUCCUUUCAAAAUUUAUUUUGGGUUGGGACCAAAACGGUUGCCAACAGUGAUGAAAGCAGCAGGUCCACCAUUUUUGUUUUUACAAGCUUUUUUCAAUGUUGUGAAGUUUUUUUUAAUGAAUUUGACAUUAAAUUUUGUUUUAUUAAGUGAUUUUGUUUCA